GUCAUCGGGAUUGAUAGGGAUGUUUCCAUCAUGGCGGCAUCCAUUUCAGGUUAUACUUUUAGUUCUGUGUGUUAUCACAGCGCCAACAGCAACGCGGAUCAUGAGGGCUUCCUAUUAGGAGAUGUAAGGCAAGAAGAGACUGUGAGCAUCAGUGACACACAGAUCAGCAGCGCUGAACUGCUACAGGUAGUAGAAAUCCAUCACCAUGAUCCUUGUGCACAGUUGUUUAGCUUUUAUGACUACGCAGGUAAAGUCAAUGAAGAAAGUCUCAACAGCAUUCUUAAAGAUAGACGGAAAAAUGUCAUUGGUUGGUACCGGUUCCGAAGGAAUACGCAGCAGCAGAUGUCGUUCAGGGAACAGAUCAUCCACAAACAGCUGACCCAGCUGCUCGGUGUACCCGACCUCGUCUUCCUUCUUUUUAGCUUCAUCUCCACCGCCAACAGCUCCACACACGCACUGGAAUAUGUGCUCUUCAGACCUAAUCGAAGUAGGUACAACCAGAGGAUUACACUCUCAAUCCCAAACCUUGGUAACACGAGCCAGCAGGAAUACAAAGUCUCUUCAGUUCCCAAUACCUCACUUAACUACGCAAAGGUCAUUAAAGAACAUGGGGCUGAAUUUUUUGACAAAGACGGUGUGAUGAAGGAUAUCCGAACAAUAUUCCAAGUCUACAGUGCACUACAAGAUAAACUGCAGGCUGUUUGUGGUGAGGUAGAACAAAGUGAGCGUGUUAAAGAGAAAAUUCAAGAGGAAGUGAACAAACUCAAACAACAAAUUGCUCUCAGGAAACGCAAGACUGCAGAAGAGGAGAGAAGGCUCCGUGAAGCCCAAAAUGCAGACUCCCAUUCCACUCCAGAGGAGAACACAGAACCUUGUGAGGGUUCUCCGCUGUCCGGGAUAACUUUCCCCACACCCUCUGCUCCGGAGCGGCCCAGUACCUCACCUAACCCACCAUCUUACACUGACCUCAUGUCCCAAGAUGACUCUCUCCUGCCCUCUUCUUCCCCCCCUACUAGUGCUGCUCUGUUACCCCGACCCCAAGCUGUGGGCUCCCCAGGACACCCUACCCCUGGCCCUACGGUGAUGGGCUUGGGUCUUGGCCACGGGCUGGGCCUGGGCCUCAGCGCAAGUUCAAAUCCCGUUACCACUCCCAGCACUCCGUACCUUGGCAAUGGUGACGGCUCAAGCUCUGACUCGUUAGACAGACAAGCUGCAGGGCAGGAAGACGAUGAGGAGGAGGAGGACGACGACGACGAGGACAGUAGCGAAUAUGAGAACUUAGUGAGCGAAGGUGCUCACCUGCCAAUGGUCUCUGUCAGCGUUUUAGCUCAAGGUCGACCAGCUGCCCUCAGCCCUGACGGGGAUGCUCAUGGCUCGCAGGCCACAUAAAAAAAAAAAAAAAGCCACAGGAUGUGUAAGG